GAUUGCGUUUCUUUAUUUUCUCUAUGCCGGUUUUUCCCAACAGCUACAACAUCGACCAUGAUAACAGACAAGUGGUUUGGGUUGCAAACAGAAACACCCCAAUUCAAAAUCCCAAUUCUUUCCUCAAAUUAACCGACACAGGAAACCUUAUUAUCAUCGAUCAAUCCAAUAAAACCAUUUGGGCCACCGAAAAAAUCAAUAAAAAUUCAACCUUUAACAAAAACCCAAUUCUUCAACUUUUGGAUUCUGGGAAUUUGGUUGUAUCAGAAUCACCAAAUGAAAACGACCCAACAAAGUUUUUAUGGCAAAGUUUCGAUUUUCCAACAGAUACUUUGUUACCUGGUAUGAAACUUGGUUGGAAUUUUGACACAAACACAGAAACACACAUAAACUCAUGGAAAGUAACAGAUCAAGAUUCUUCAAUUGGAGAUAUAUCUUUCAAGAUGGAUUAUCAUGGUGUUCCAGAAAUUUUUCUUUGGAAUAGAAAUAGAAGAAUUUAUAGAAGUGGACCAUGGAAUGGUAAAAGAUUCAGUGGUGUACCUGAGAUGCAACCAGUUACUGAUUCAAUUCAAUUCAGUUUUGUUCAAAAUGAACAUGAAGUUUAUUAUACAUUUUCAAUUGGGAAUGAAUCAUUGUUUUCAAAACUCAGUGUAGAUUCAUUAGGUGAACUUCACAGACUUACAUGGAUACAUAGUAGAAAAAUUUGGACUAAAUUUUGGUAUGCACCAAAAGAUCAAUGUGAUAAUUAUAAAGAGUGUGGUCCAUUUGGUAUAUGUGAUACAAAUGCUUCACCUGUUUGUAAUUGUAUUAAAGGGUUUCAUCCAAAGAAUCAUCAAGCUUGGAAUUUGAGAGAUUCUAAGUUCGAAUUUUGA